GUGAUACUUGUAGUCUAGACAGAACAUUUUCCUUCUGCUUUUUUGUGCUCUCUGGUGGAAAGGGGGUGUCAUUUCUAAGAAAACUGUAAUAGGCGAACAACGAAAAGGUAUUUAACUCUCAUAGAUGGCACACGAGGUAUACCAAGCGUCAACCUUUUUUGUUAGGUUAGAUACAACAACAAAUCAAAAUUUUGAAUAAAACAAAUAUAGGCUUUGUUUAAUUUUUUUAAUUAAUAAAAUUUGGAAUGUCUCAAAUUAGUACGAAAGAGAAGCUUUUGUACAUAAUAGACGACAUUGAGCUGAUCUCAAAAGAGAUAAUUGAGAACGCUAUUGCCCCUAAAAGCGCUAAACUCAGCGGACCAGAAUAUGCUCAACUCACAGAACUCUUAGUAGCCAAAGACAACGAACUGAAAGAAACCCUAAAGCUUGCAGCGGAGCAAGCCCAAAUCAAUAAAAAACUGGACAACCUGAAAGCUGAAGUCGAGAGACAAGAUCAGGACAUCAACGAUCUGCAAAGGCAGCUGAAGGAAGCUGAACAAAUUUUAUCCACAGCUAUAUAUCAAGCAAAUCAAAAGUUAGCUUCGAUAGCUAGGGCCAAUAAGAGGCCUGUACAUUCAGAAGAAUUGAUCAAGUUUGCACAUAGGAUAAGUGCUUCGAAUGCAAUAUGUGCACCAUUGACUUGGCAGCAAGGUGACCCUAGAAGGCCAUAUCCUACCGAUAUUGAAAUGAGGUUAGGAUUGCUUGGAAGACUGAGUGAUCCUAUCAAUGGCCAUUUACUAGCCCAACAGAAUAGCAUGUCAGAUUUGCAUAGAACUGGACAUCCUGGGGGUAUGUAUCGUUCCUCAGUUCGAUCUGUGUCUCAAUUUGAAAUUCCAGCUUCUCAGCAGAACCAAUUCGCCUGGCAUCCAUCUGGUGAGAUGCACAUUACUGUUGGUCAGGGCACAGUUCCAAUGGAUACACGAAACCACAAGCAAGAAAACGAAGAUGUUGAGGUUAUGUCCACAGAUUCUAGCAGUAGUUCAUCAAGUGAUUCCCAAUAACCUUACAAGUAUAUAAGCUUCUAAUUAUGAUGAUUGUGUACUGCCUAUUUAAGUAUCUCUAUGAUAUUAGUUGUAGUAUCAUUAAGAUAAAAAUGAUGAAUAAACAUAGAUAUUAAU